AGGAGGAGUUUUUCAUUUUGCUUUAGGAGGAUGCAGGACCCCUGACCUCUGUCUGGACAGUGUUGAUUGGCCCUCUGCUGAUCACAUGCACCCUCCCAAGACAAAAAAAAAAAACCUCUCUAGCAAUACAAACCAAACUGAGCAUGUGCAGAGUGUCUCCACACGAUAUGUCUUAUCUGGAAGAAGGGGAGGAUUAGAGAAGUCGGGAUCAAACAGCAAUUUGUACACAAUGCAGAGGAUUAACCCCUUAGGUUCCACAGUAAGUAUACAGUAACAAGCAUGCUUUACUGCAUAUACAGACUGAUUUUACUGUUGUGGGUUUGGUAACACUUU